GGCCAACUCGCAUCCAUAAAAGGACCGCAGAAAAUACCAUCGCCUCUGUGCUACCUGAUUUUGCAGAGCAAACAUGGCGGAAGAGGCAUCGAGCGGCAUCAGAGUCCAGGGCAUGCAAUUUUCGUACGACGCGCAGCCCCCGCUCUUCUGCGAUUUCAACCUCGAGAUAACCCCUGGAUCCCGAUGCCUUCUCAUCGGCGCCAAUGGAUCUGGUAAGACCACGUUGCUGAAGAUUCUAGCUGGGAAGCAGAUGGUGGGAGGGAGAGAUGUGGUGCGAGUGUUGAAUUGUUCAGCUUUUCAUGACACGCAUUUGGUUUGCAGUGGCGAUUUGGCUUACUUGGGUGGCUCUUGGACCAAAACUGUUGGCUCUGCUGGAGAACUUCCCUUGCAGGGAGAUUUCUCAGCUGAGCAUAUGAUUUUUGGAGUCGAAGGGACUGAUCCUGUUAGGAGAGAUAAGUUGAUUGAGCUGCUUGAUAUAGACCUGCGGUGGAGAAUGCAUAAAGUAUCUGACGGGCAACGGCGUCGAGUCCAAAUCUGCAUGGGACUUCUUCAUCCCUUUAAGGUUCUCUUGCUUGAUGAGGUAACAGUCGACUUGGAUGUCGUUGCUAGGAUGGACUUACUAGAUUUCUUCAAGGAAGAAUGUGAGCAGAGAGGAGCUACAAUUGUAUAUGCAACCCAUAUCUUUGAUGGGUUGGAGACAUGGGCAACGCAUCUGGCUUACAUCCAAGACGGUGAGCUAAAGAGGGCUGAGAAGUUGUCGGAGGUUAAUGAGUUGAAGAGUUCGGUCAAUCUGCUUUCUGUUGUUGAAUCCUGGCUCCGCGCAGAGACCAAGUCUGACAAAAAGAAAUCCUCAAAUCCCCCUGCCCAAAUGAAAAAGGCCUCUCCUUUCGCUAGUUCUCCAUUCACGUCAUCAAGGCACAUGGCGUAUUACCGCUGAUCUCAAAGAAGCUGUGAGAUAAUAUCAAAUUCGAAGUCAGAUGUACAAGUAAGAAAAGCAAUUUCAUUCAUCAGCAAUUAUUUCCCCUUUUAGAUUGUAGAAAUAAGGUUGGCAGUACGAUGAAAUCCCCAGUUGUAGCUUUCGGGUUUGUUUCUACUAGAUCAGCCUGCAAUCCCCUUCCUGAUCUGGCUUUGCCUUCCGAUGGUAUAGAAAAAGCAGAAACAGAUUCGUUCGACGAGAGGGGACGUGUGAUAGGAGCAUCAACAUGCGAAUGGCACAUGGUUUAUAGGAUUUGAUAGAGGACAUUGUCUUAGACAUUCUUCUUGUGUCUUUGAAAACAUUCACUAAAGGGGUGACUUGUGUCACAAGUAAAACACAUGCGAUGUACAAUGGCAUGGUUUGCGAUAUAGAGAAAUCUGAAUGUGAUACGGCUUCAAUUUUUA